AUGAAGGGCAUCAAGGGUCACCUCAACCGUCUCCGGUCCGCCUGUGUCGCCGACAUGGUCAUGGCUACCAUCAAGAAGGAGAAGUCCGAUCUGCGUAAGAAGAUCGUGCCCACCAUCAUCAUCUGCCAGCGCAAGCCGUGCCACCGAAAGGAUGGUGUCUCCAUGAAGAAUCUACACAAGAAGCACAUCCUCACCUACGAUGCUUGCCCUAGAUGCAACAACGCCGUCGAGGACCGUGAGCACCUGUUCUUUACAUGCCCGGCUGCUCGUCGAAUCUGGCGCGCUACCAGCAUAUGGCCGUGA